GCGAAUUUCACCGAUUCCUUAGCAAAGUGUUUAAUAAAUUCGUAAAUAACAAUACAAUAGAUGUGUUAUUGAUUAAACAAACAAUAUAUCAAAUAUAUUAAAACAUUAACUGGAAGAUAGGUUGUUUCCUUAGGAAGUGAGCGAGUUUUGUAUUUCGGUGACGUCAUAUUUUCGCGACGCUGCCCAGUCGGAACACAUGUAGAGUGCGUGAUGGAGAAUGUGCUCAGUUGAAGUAGGAAUGCUGUAACUUGAAAUAUAUAAUAAUUAAUUAAGGUUUUCUUACAAAAAAGGGGGUUCUAGAAGCUUGUGGCCAUGGCAGGCAACACUAUGCGGUUUAAAACGAACUAUACUGUCUCCAGCAAAAUCGAGCCUUUCUACAAGGGAGGGAAAGUCCAGAUAAGCCACGACGAAAAGCACAUCUUUUGCAUCUCUGGGCCACGAGUGAACAUUUUGCAGAUUUCCACUGGCAAAAUUGUUCACAGUAUUGAACAGGAUGAUCAGGAAGACAUCAGCUCGUUCUCUCUCAGCCCUGACGAUGAGAUACUGGUGACUGCCAGCAGGGCCCUGCUGCUGAAGCAGUGGGACUGGAAGCAAGAAAAGUGCACUCGCUCAUGGAAGGCGAUUCAUAGCGUGCCUGUGGCCAGCAUGACUUUCGAUUGCACCUCUACUCUUUUGGCAACUGGGGGUUGUGAUGGCACUAUAAAGCUGUGGGAUGUAGUCAAACAGUACUGCACACACAACCUAAAGGGCUCAUCUGGGGUUGUUCAUUUGGUCCAGUUCCAUCCAGAUAUCAGUCUGUUGCAGCUCUUCUCUUCCUCCAUGGAGUGUGGAAUCCGCAUUUGGGACCUGCGUACCAGCAAGUGCAUCUGUGUAUUGGAAAGCCACUUCAGCACUGUCACAUCACUGGCCUUUUCCCUUGAUGGUCACACACUUAUCAGCUCUGGACGCGACAAAAUCUGCACUGUGUGGGACCUGAAAGAGAGGAAAGUAAAAAGAACUGUUCCUGUGUAUGAGGCUGUAGAGGGAGUAGUCAUUCUCCCAGAAAAGGAGGAUUACUCUAAGCUUGGUGUGAAAAGUAAAGAGCUACACUUUGUCACUGCUGGCUCUAAAGGUGUGCUGAGGGUGUGGGAGUCGAGCUCGGCUCGGUGUGUGUUCACCCAGACGCUACCAGAUGCUGCAGUGUCCCAGUCAGUUCAGGAAGACGGGGAUCCUCUCAGCUUGAUGUACUGCCUGUUACUGCCUCUUUGCAACCGCCUGGCUAUAGUCACUGCUGAGCACAACAUCCUGUUCUACCAGCUACCGUCCCUCACUGUGCAGCAGCAGUUCGUGGGCUAUAAUGAUGAUAUCUUGGAUGUGAGGUUCCUGGGAAAAGAGGACAGUCACAUCGUAGUGGCUACAAACAGCUCGCAACUCAAGGUGUUUGAGCUGGCCACCAACAGCUGCCAAAUUCUCUAUGGACACACAGACACUGUCCUAUCACUGGAUGUGUUUAGGAAACGUUGCACAUUUGCAAGCUGUGCCAAGGAUAAUUCUGUGCGGGUGUGGAAGAUGGACCCAGUGACUGGUCACGUACAGUGUGUGGCUGAGGGCCAUGGCCACUCCAAUGCCGUAGGCUCCGUUUCCUGCUCCAGGUUAAAGAAGGCCUUCUUGGUGUCUGGCAGUCAAGACUGCACUAUUAAAUUAUGGGAUCUGCCUGAUAUUCUUCCUGGUCUGGGCGACGAGCCAGCCCAGCUUACUGCUCGGAUCACUGAAAAGGCUCACGAUAAAGAUGUAAACAGUGUGGCUGUCUCGCCCAACGACAAGCUGCUGGCUUCAGGUUCCCAGGACCGCACGGCUAAGUUGUGGUCUCUGGCUGACAUGAGUCUGCUCGGAGUGUUCCGAGGUCAUCGGCGAGGCGUCUGGUGUGUGCAGUUUUCCCCUGUGGACCAAGUGCUGGCCAGUGCCUCAGCUGAUGGUACAAUCAAGCUCUGGGGUCUUCAUGACUUUAGUUGCCUCAAGACGUUUGAAGGACACGACGCCUCUGUGCUAAAGAUAAUAUUUGUCAGCCGAGGCACUCAGAUAGUCUCUGGUGGUUCUGACGGUCUUGUGAAGCUCUGGACCAUUAAGACCAAUGAGUGUGUGAAGACCUUUGAUGCACACCAGGACAAAGUGUGGGCUUUGCACAGCAACAGCAGCGAUGACCUGAUAGUCACCGGAUCUGCUGACUCCAAUAUCACCCUGUGGAAGGAUGUCACAGAGGAGGAGCUAGCAGAGGAGCAGGCAAAGCAAGAAGAUCAAAUUCUAAAGCAGCAGGAGCUCUCCAAUCUACUUCAUGAGAAGAACUUUUUGAAGGCUCUGGGCAUAGCCAUCUCACUGGAUCAACCUCAUACUGUGUUUCGAGUCAUUAAAGAAAUCCAGCAAGAGGAAGAGGCUGGGCAGCAUCUGGAGAAAACCAUCCUUAGACUACGUCAGGACCAGAAGGAGUCACUGCUGAGAUACUGUGUGAUAUGGAACAUGAAUUCACGGAGCUGUCUGAGCGCCCAGGCAGUAUUACAGGUGCUGCUGACGCACUUAAGCCCUGACGAGCUGCUGCAGUUCCAGGGGGCGCGCACUCAUCUAGAGGGCCUCAUUCCAUAUACUGAGAGACACAUGCAGAGGAUUGGCCGUCUGCUCCAGUCCUCCAUGUUCUUAAAUUACAUGUGGCAGAAGAUGCGGGUGACGGGAAGCAAAGACAGUGGUGAACUACAGGAAGAAGAGAUGGACACCAGCUCUCAGGGCAUAUUUAUACAAGAACGGCAGCCAGGGAAGGAAAUAGCAGGCAGACAGCAGGAUAAUGUCGACGACAGCGAUGAGGAAGCAGACAGCAGCAAAGAAAGUUCGGAGAACGACGACAAUGACAGUGUCAGCGCCUUAAAAGGUGUUCAGACCAAAGCCAGGGGGGUGAAUGGGGUCAAAAACAGGGGUCCUGUAUCCACUGAAGAGAGCUCAGAUGAUGAAGAUGUGGACAUUCCCACAGUUUCUUCGGGCAAGGCUACAGUGUCCCCUUCUUAUAUUCUGUCAAAUGCAAGCUGAUCGCUAUGGCAUCAAAAGUCAUAGUCUUUUUAUAUAGUACUGAAAGGUGUGUGUGCGUGUGCUGGCUGAGAGCAAGCAGAAUGCAUGGUCUCUCAGUGGACAGCUGGUAAUAGCCUGUACAUCAUCUUAUUAAAUGUACUAUUAUAAAGGAAUGCUUAGCUUUUUAUAUGAUGUGUCACAUAGAAAAAAGUAACUUGUGCUCUUUGUUAUUGUCUCUGAGAAUUUUAAAUAAAUCUUCAGGUUUAAAAA